AUGGGCAUUCAGCACCCUGUGUCUUCUGACAGAAGAGCAAGUUCAGCUUUCAGCCUAUGUCUGCUCACCUGCCUGGACUGGGGUAGUGACUUCCCUUGUGAUGUCACGCAUUCCAAGGAGAUCCCAUUAUCAGCCCACAAGCUUCGACCAUCAGAUAUCAAAGUGGUGGCCGCCUUGGGUGACUGGAUCACGACAGGCUUGGGAGCCAACCGUGCCAAUGGGAGCCGAAUCACAACCUGGAGGGGCCUCUCCUGGAGCAUCGGUGGGGAUCAGAAUCUGCGGAAGCAUAUCACACUGCCCAACAUUCUGCGCAAGUUCAACCCUUGGAUUCGAGGGUUCUCUCAGGGUACAUCGGGACAGCUGGCAGGGCUGAAUGUAGCACGUGCUGAUGCCAGAGCCCGGGACUUGCCGACUCAGGCCAGAGACUUGCUGAAAAAACUGGAAACUGCUCCUGAAAUCAAUAUAGAAACAGACUGGAAGCUGAUCACAAUCUUCAUUGGGAUCAAUGACUUGUGUGAUUUCUGUAUUCAUCAGGGUAAAAAUAUGACUGAGGGCCUUGUUGAGCACAUAACUGAGACCAUAGACAUCUUCUUCCAUAAGCUUCCGAGGGUUUUCAUCAAUCUGGUGGAGAUCAUGCAAGUGGUACCAUUGUACCAGAAUCAAGGAGGGAAGUGUGCCCACCUCAUGGCACCUCAGACCGACUGCCCUUGCUUCCAAAACUCUGCGAACUCCCCAGUGGCCAAAGGACUGAAAGAAUUCAAUCAGAAAUUUCAGGAAGGGUAUACUGACUCCCAGUACUUUGCUUCUGACUGUUUCCACUUCUCAUCACUCACUCAUAAUGAGAUGGCCAUCGCGCUCUGGAACAACAUGAAAUACCCCUACUUCUUCACCGAGAAGAACAGUCCUUCUAAAAGGAAAAAAUGGUGGCGCUUCUGGAUCCUCAUUUCUUUGAUGCUAUUUUUCUUCCCUGUGCUCAUCACCACCUUGGUAGUAGCGGCAGACAGAGAGGGGAUUCUGGGAGCGCCGGGGACCUAG